GCCUGAGUUGCCUUACACGCACAGGGGCUAUAAACCCAGGGGCAGCCUGAAAGGCAUUGUCGUAGCAGUUGAUUCCUAAGGAAUCACAAACCGUCUGUUGCUAGGCAUUGUCACAACAGUGACUAUAUCUUAGUAUAUGAUUUUCGAAUUGUACUGUUCACCACACGCAAUAAAUAUAUGAUUAAGUAUAGGUAGUGACCAACGCAACGUAACUCUUAGUCCAGCUCGGGACGACACUUCUUUUCCCUCUCCAGACUAGAUUGCAUAGCCAUCCUUCUGAAUACUCCUUUAUAACCUUUACCAAGGUAACACUUACCUGACUCUAUACCUCUGAAGUCGCAUAAAGUAAGAUAACUAACCUACCCAGGUGCGUAUUUCACGACCUGACUUACCUCCACGUCACGUCGCCCUCGGUUUCUUCCUUUCUCUUAAAUAAUUUACAAAUCCCUACUUUGCUUUGACAUGUCAAGGAUUAUUUAUUAUGAUAUUGACUGGUUCGAGGACGGCUUGCAUCCCGUGUGGAGCGACAGCGACCAAGAGGGUGACCCUCGGGACGUCGACGUCGAUAACAUGGACGAAGAGAUUUCGAGUCAGCUUGCUCGAGAUCGCAAUGAGGAAUCCGACCAAGGAUACCAGCAAUCCCCCUCGCAACAGCGCGACAACAUCACUAUACCUAUCCAAGCCACUCUAGACGACUGGGACGUUCUUUCCAGUUAUAUGAGUUACGACUCAUAUGAACUACGUGCUUACUACGACGAGGACGACGAGGGCUGCUCGGAAAUAUGGCUUGAAAGGAGCGAAUUGGUCACAGCGGACACGUACUCUUGGUGGUGGUUCCCGAUCGUGGUUGAAAGGGUGAACAACGAACUGUACAACUGGGACCCCUGGUACCACGACGAGGGGUACGAUUCCUACGAUGAGCGGUACGGUUGGCUAAGCAACCGGGAUUGGGAAGGUGAACGCGAGUUCGGUGGUGAUGGGUUUUUGGGAUGGGGUACAGCUGUCCCAGACGAAAUCGACGAGAAUCUCCCGAACCUGGCCAACUUCCCUCCUGACCGUGAUUACUUUAUUCACCCUCGUCACCCCACCGAUCAGUGGUGGCCACUCUCGUAGUAAUACUCGUUAGGUAAGUCGGUCCUAGAUUAGACGGAGAGGGAGGUUUCUUGUAGUCGAAAAGCGUACUUGAACUGACGAUGUAUAUUAAGGGGGGUUUAGGACCGCGUCAUCGACCAUAUCGCUCGAGGUUAAAGAUGCGCUGGCAUAGAAUAAUUCGCAGCAUAUGGACCAUAUUGAUUGAGAUUUGGGUCUGCAAAAUGGUUGGGAGGAUGGAUAAAUAGCUAGUCAUCGUGAGCCCUAUUUCAGAGGUUUUUUCCCGCAUACCCCCUAAUCUAACAAGACGACAUUUAUUUCGAUAUCCAACUUGGUUGGUUCCUAUUUGAACGUGACUUGAAUGUGACAACCUGCUUAGAUUUGGCGAAUAACGAUCUAGUAAGUCUUUGACCUCGAAGAGCUGCGUUCGAUAUUGGACAUUAUGAUACGGUCGACAACAUUGCUACUAGGAUUGACUUCGUAUAUCGUGGAAGCGCGAGGUUACGAAACGGAUGCAAUUAAACGCAAACAAGCACGGUCCUCAGAACCCUUCAGAGCAACAAUGUGGACGAUUAUGGUUGCACCGCCUCGAUCGUCGGACGAUGGAUAAAUAAGGCAUAGCGGUGUAAGACAUGAACGAAUAACAAAGGCGGGGAAGUAAUGAAGUCCGGG